AUGGCGACGAAGGCGACGACGAUCCCGCUUGCGCAGCACAUCUUCUCUCGACUCCAUCAGCUCAACUGUCAUUCCAUCCACGGCGUACCGGGAGACUACACGCUUCGAGCCCUCGACUUCUUGUCUGCCUCGAAUAUCCGCUGGAUCGGAAACGCCAAUGAGCUUUGCGCAGGCUACGCGGCCGAUGGGUACGCCAGAGCCGCCGGAAUGGCUCGUCUCACGACGGCAGCUGGCCCACACAAGGCCCUUACGCCCCGAGUCGGCUCUUUGUACACGACUUACGGCGUGGGAGAACUGUCUGCCAUCAACGCCGUGGCGGGUAGUUACGCCGAGAGUGUGCCUGUGGUGCACAUGGUGGGCUCGCCUUCGCGAAAGCAAUGGAAGACAGGUGCCUGUGUCCAUCACAGUCUGUCAGACGGGAACCUGGGAGUCUACACGGAGAUGGCGAAACACAUUACCUGCGCCCAAGCGGACCUGAGAUGUGAUGAGGCGCAAGAAGCCGCGCGCAUUUACGACCAUGCCCUCGAACAAUGCGUACGACAGUCCAAGCCGGUGUACGUGAACAUGCCGAGUGACAUUGUCUCAGCUCCAGUACCAGCGGCCCUGCUCGACCGUCCAUUGGAUUUAAGCCGUCCGACAAACAAUGCCGCCGAAGAAGAGCAAGUCAUCUCCACCAUUCUCUGUCGGAUCCAAGCGGCCGAGAACCCUUUGAUCAUUGCAGACGGGCUGAGCUACCCGUUCGACUUCAUCGCCGAAGUCAACACGAUAGUCCAAUCGACCAACAUACCCACCAUGUGCUACAACGCUGGCAAAGGCGUGGUGGAUGAAUCUUUGCCGUCAUGGGAAGGUCCACUGACAGGACAAACGGAGCUGAGCGCAACGACCGACCUCGCAUUGCUCUUUGGUCCAUUGCUCAGCGAUACCAACACGGCUGCUUGGUCUGCGAUUCCGGAUCCAGGGAUUUGCAUUUCGUUCGGCUUGGACACCAUCACUGUCGGACACAGAGUCUAUCACUUGCACUCGAAGCCACUGCUGGAGAAGCUGGCAGGUCGACUCAAAGCGAUGGGGCGAGAGCAGGGGAGACCAAAGGACCAGAUAUCACACGACCCCAUCCGAUCACCACCUCAUGGAUCUGCAAUCUGUCAAGACGACUUCUGGGCACGCAUGUCAGCCUGGUUGAAGCCGUACGACACGCAGCUCUUGGCCAACGGAACGCCCCUGAUCGGAGGCAGAGACCUGCGAUUGCCCACACCGACGCAGGUCAUCGCCUCGGGCAUCUGGUGCUCCAUCGGCCAAAUGCUUCCCGCCGCCCAAGGAGUUGCGGCGGCCAAGCGAGACCUGGCGAUUCCCGGCCGGACCAUCCUGUUCGAGGGCGACGGCAGUUUCCAGGUGACUUGUCAAGCGUUGUCAGACAUCAUUCGAUACCGGUUGGAUGUGACGACCUUUCUCUUGAACAACGGCGGGUAUGCGUACGAACGCUGGCUCAACGGCAUGGAGGCCGAGUACAACGAUGUCCCAGCCUGGCAGUAUACCGAAGUAGCUCAUUUCUUCGGUGCCCCCACCAAUAGCUCCGACUACCCCGUGAUCUCACGAAAAGUGUCGACGUGGGCUGAGUUGGAAGACGUACUUGCGGACGAGGGUAUCGCCGAGGGCAGAGGCCUGAAAAUGAUAGAAAUUGCCAUGGCCGUCGAUGACGUUCCCUCGGCGUCUCGGCCAGGAUUAAAACGAGCCGGUGAAAUACUGAGAGCAACAUGA